UGUGAGUGGCCAGCAGGAAGAUGUAUGCCAAGCGGCACAAGUGUGACCUGCUGGAGUUGUGCAAGCAGUGGGGGCUGCGCACAGGGAGGCUGACCAAGGACCAGCUGAUUGCCCAGCUGGAGCAGGGAGACCGCAUGAAUGAACAGAGCCCUGUCUCUGAGCGAAGCAGCCUGGCAGAUGCAGCACAGGCACCAGAGUCUGUCCCCGCUGGGAGUGGUCAGCCGGUGGACGAGGGCUUCCCGAGACCCCCCCUUCCUAAGCCUAGGGGAAGGGUGGGGAGGAGCCCAGCGAAUACUGAGGGCACUGUGACCCCCCCGGCCAGCAGGGGAUCCAGCCAGAGAAGCUCACCCCCCAGCAGGGGAUCCUCCCGGCGACACUCGGCAUCCGUGGAGCGGAUGCGGCUGGAAUAUGAAAGGGAGCUGAGAUGGGAGGAGCUCAAGUUAAAGAGGCAAGAGCUGGAGGAGAAGGCGAAACAGCGCAAACAUGAGGAGAAACAGCGUAAACAUGAGCUGGAGCUGACCGGGCUGAAGAGCAGUGAGGCCCCGGCUGCGGUGAGUGAGGGGGGACCCAAGCCUACAAAGAGCUUUGAUAAGCACUUACUGUGCCGGCGUAAGGAGGGGGAGGACAUAGAUACCUUCCUGACGGCCUUUGAGAAUGCCUGCGAGCUGCACAGGGUUGGCCUUGCAGACAGAAUCGCAGUUCUCACCCCCUUACUGGACUCCACAGCCGUGGAGGUGUACAGCCGACUGAAAGGGGUGGAGGCGGGGGACUACAAACUGUUCAAACAGGACCUGCUCCGCGAGUUUGGGCUGACUCCUGAGAUUCUCCGGCUGUUCGAACUCAACCUCCAUGUGGUGAACCUGUGCUCCCAGCCCUGA